CGGGAAACGUUGCUCCGACCUCGGCAGCUCCCAUUGGAAGACGUGUAACCAUGGAGACCAGACUCCCGCUUACGGCAAUGCUAUACUCUGAUUGGUUAGUCUGUCCGUUCUCUCUGUACUGUGAUUGGUAGAUCCCCGAGAGAGCGGGAUCUCUUCUGAUUGGCUGGGGGUCCGGAACAGCCGCUUUUCUGAUUGGUGGUGUGGUUGGUUGUCAGUCAGUGCCCCGGGCCAAGCGAAGAUGGCGGCGAUGAUGGGCCGGGCGCCGCAUUAAGGCCCAUCACCAUACAGUGCAGUAUGAAUCUGGCUGAGGGAGUGUGGAUGUUGUGAUGGUAACCAGGACUCCGGCAUUCCCAACGUAGCUGGAUCAUAGAGAAUCGCCCAAUCAUAAAGAGAAUCAGGCGGUGAAUGCUGUAACAAAAGGGGGAAUAGACACCUCAUAUUAACAAUGGCCCUAGUUACUGUGAAGGAACUGCUGAGCUUUGAUUGUGGUUCGCUGGUAGCUUAUCAAUUAGAUAAAAACUCUCAGCUUGACUCUAUCAGCUUCCAGACCGUCCUCAUGAGAAACAUAUUUGUGCAUUUUCCUGAUGUUAUAUUCAUCCACAGAACCCACAAUCCCAGGGGCAAAGCUCUAUAUAUGUUCAUGGUGGACAGACCUUUCCUGAAGCUGCAGGGUGAGAUGACUAAGGUAAUUCAUUUUGCUGUCCCAGCUAAAGAAUCUGCAGAAAGCCUAGCUCACAUGUAUAGGACUUUCAAGGCCUUCAACCCUGAGUGGAAGAAAAUUAAGACCUUUCUGGUAGAUCCACACUUUCGAUUGUUGCAGACUCUUUCUGAAGCAUUUCCAUCUGCAGAGGUGCAACUAUCUGUUUUCCAUGUAUGUAAGCACCUGCAGCAGAAGAUUCAUCAGAUGUCUUUGGAAUGCAUCUCAGAGAGACUGAUCUUAAAUGCCUUGAGGAACACUAUGUGUGCAGCCACUGAAAGCAACCUGAGAAUGAUGCACACAAUCCUGAGUGACUUUGUGAAACCAGACUUGCUUCCCCAGCUUCAUACUCACUGGCUUCUCAAUGACAAGAUAUGGGCUAUGCAUAGAUGGAGGAAUUGGAUGGAAUGCAAUCAGUAUUUUAAAGACUUGGAGAUCAUCACACGGGGUUUAAGCCAGGUCUUCUGCACUGGACUGUCUCUGGAGAUCUGCAUCACUUCUCUAGCGAAACACUACCAGAAGUGUGUUUCAAAGAGACCCCCUGAUGCUAUGUUGUUCUCUGUUAACCCUCUUAGCAGUACCAUGUCUACUGAGACAGUUUUUCAGAGCCUGCCAGCUCAGGACUCAUCACCAACCUCUCACAACCCCCAAAUAGCUCUUCAGAAUCAACCAGCUAAGAGUUCUCCACUAGUUUCUCCCAGUCUCACAACAGCUCAUCAGAAAUGGCCAGGUCAGAAUUCCCCUCCAAAUCCCCUGGUUCUUCUUCCGCAUCCCCUGCCAGCUUCUCCAAGCCCCCUGCUUCUUCAGAAUCAGCUGGCAGCCCCUCAGAUCUUCCCUUUUCAGAACCAGCCAGCUCAAUAUUCUUCACCAGUUUCUCUCAGUCUCACAGCAGCUCAUCAGAAAUGGCCAGGUCAGAAUUCCCUUCCAAAUCCCCUAGUUCUUCAGAAUCCCUUGCCUGCCCCUGAGAGUCCUCUGCUUCCUCAGAACCAGCUAGCAAACCCUCAGAGCCCCUUGAAUCCUUUAUCCCAUGAAAUUAAACUGGAGAUCAUCACUGAAGACCCAAAGGGUGAUCAAGAUGUGGAAUGUAACCAAGAGACUGAAGACUGCAUCAGGCAGUCACUGAGAGACAUUUGCACAGAGCCUGCAGCCAGACUAUGCUUGAACGAGUUUGCAGUGGCACAGAAAUCUGUGCAGCUAAUAGGCACUAAUGAAGACAUAGUCAAUAUACAGAUCCUUGAAGAUACCCACAGAGUGAACCAAAGGGGCCUGAAAAGCUGCACUUGCCACUUCAGUCAAGCUUUCCAGCUGCCCUGCAGGCACAUCCUGGCUGUAUUGAACUCUGAUAAGAAGAUCUUACAGCCGGAGAUGCUGAGUGAGCAAUGGCAGAAGGAACCUAAUAUCUCUCAGGCAGGGCAGAAUGGCACCGAUGGCCUCUUGGAGGUUUUGAAAAGCUCCUGGAAUGAGUCCCUGGAUAAAUCCUUAGCAGUGUCCUUUCUUACAGCGGAGAUUAGCCGGCUUCUUACCCAGUGCAGCAGUGAGGAGUUUGAUCGGAGGUACAACACCCUCCGAGAAUUGGCCGAUAGCUGGAUUGGACCUUAUGUUCAGAUGGGGCCCGUCCUGCUCUGCGCGCUGCUGCUGGCCGCCUCCCGCGUCGGGGCGGCGCCCUCCGCCGACGAGGUGACCUACCUGCCGGGGCUGGCCAAGCAGCCCUCCUUCCGGCAGUACUCGGGCUACCUCCGCAUCGACCCCCACAAGCGUCUGCACUACUGGUUUACAGAGGCUCAGAGCAACCCUGAGAGCAGCCCUCUGGUGCUGUGGCUGAAUGGGGGACCUGGCUGCAGCUCCAUGUCUGGCUUAUUGACAGAGCAUGGCCCCUUCCUGAUCCAGCCCGAUGGGACCACCCUGCAGUACAAUGACUAUUCCUGGAAUAAGAUUGCCAACAUGCUGUACCUGGAGUCCCCAGCAGGUGUUGGCUUCUCCUACUCUGAUGACAAAGACUAUGCCACUAAUGACACCCAGGUGGCCCGUGAUAACUACUUGGCGCUGAAGGAGUUCUUCCACCUCUUUCCGGAGUACAGCAAGAACAAGUUCUUCCUGACUGGGGAGAGCUAUGCUGGCAUUUACAUACCCACGCUGGCUGAGUGGGUGAUGCAGGACUCCAGCAUCAACUUGAAGGGACUUGCUGUGGGAAAUGGCCUCUCCUCCUAUGAGAUCAAUGACAAUUCCCUGGUUUACUUUGCCUAUUACCAUGGCCUCCUGGGAACAGGGCUGUGGACAGAUCUGCAGCGCUUCUGCUGCUCCCAGGGAAAAUGCAACUUCCAUAAAAACUCCAACCUGAACUGCACACUCAGGAUGCAAGAGAUGAUCCAGAUCGUGGAGGAGUCAGGCCUGAACAUCUACAAUCUCUAUGCCCCAUGUGCUGGCGGUGUCCCUGGAAGCUACAGGUAUGAUCAGGACCAGCUCAUCAGCUAUGACUUGGGCAUCUCCUUCAUCCAGCAGCCCCUGAAAUACUCCUGGAGGCAGAAUCUGCUCCGGAUGCCAGCAGCCAUGAAAGGGGUUCGUCUAGAACCCCCUUGCACCAACUCCACAGCCUCCACCACCUACCUGAACACCCCUGAAGUGAGGCAGGCGCUGCACAUCUCUUCAGAGGCACCUGAGUGGCAUAUAUGCAGUUCAGAGGUGAACCACAACUACAAGCGGCAGUACAUGACUGUGAACGACCAGUACCUGAAGCUGCUUGGCACCAUGGAAUACCGGAUCCUGGUGUACAAUGGUGACAUUGACAUGGCCUGCAACUUCCUGGGGGAUGAGUGGUUCGUGGACUCUCUGGACCAGAAGGUGCAAGUGGCCCGCAGGCCCUGGUUGUACAAUGAUGGGACUGAAGACCAGAUCGGGGGCUUUGUGAAGGAAUUCACCAAUAUCGCCUUCCUCACCAUCAAGGGAGCUGGUCACAUGGUGCCCACAGACCAACCGCAAGCCGCCUUCACCAUGUUCAGACGCUUCAUUCAACAGCAGCCUUACUGAGAACUUGGCAGAGGGGGGCCUGCACUGCUGCCUGGGGCAGCUUCUAUCCCCUCCCAGUGCUGAGGCAAAGCCUCUGGCUGCUGGCACAGGCUAGGGGGUGUCCUUCUGCUCCCUCGCUCCUCCAGCUGGGGAAAACUGACCUGCCCUUCACCUCACAGGGGGCCCUUGUCUGUAGGCAGUGCACAGCAAGGGUAGGGGCUAGGGCUGAGAGGCUACUGUCUUUCCCAGCAGGGCUGGCUUCACUCUCCAGGGCUCCUGCUGUGGCUUUUACCUCCUAGGGCUCUGCUGCCCCCUGCCCUGGUCCCUGGAGCUGCCCUCUUGCCUUGGGGGUGGAACAACACCCACCUCCGGCAUUGUUCUGCUCCCAGGCCUCACACCUCAUCUUGUGCCUGCAGGAGGCCUUGCUGUAGCCUGCAGCCCCUGGUGCUGUGUCUCAGGUUUACCCUGGGAAAGUUCUCAUGUCCUGAUAAAGGUGGUGUGAAAUGAAGACAGUCCCGGCCCUGCCCCCACUCACUCCCUGGGGCAUGGGCUGCUCCCUGGGCCUUGCAAUAAAAUGUUACAGCUCAACCUGGA